CUGGUACUUCAUCGCUUAACAAAUAUUGCAAUACAGCGAGGAACCAGCGAGCGUUAAAGGUACCUAUGAUAUUUCAUAUUAAAUAAUAUCGCUUAAUUUGUCUAAGCUCAUUUUAAUACAUCCUUUGGUUACGUUCGCUUGUCUUGGAUAUAUUUUAAGCUUUGCGUGUAAAUGUGAAGAAACAAAAUGGGGUAUCUGCGGCAAUAUCAAGUUACGUUGGCAUGUUCCCUCGGCAACUUUAUAAUAGGCAUCGUUUUUGUUUGGCCAUCUUAUACAUUAAAACUUUAUACAUCUGCUAAUACAACCUUGCUGGCUGAACCGCUUUCGGACACGCAGAGUGCGCUCUUGGGCAGUUUACCAAGCCUAGGGGCAAUGGUCAGUACCAUGUUUGCUGGGGUCAUGCUGAACACUCUUGGAAGGCAGAAAGUUGGCUUGUGCGUUGCUAUGCCCUUCUUGCUCUCAUGGUUAUUGAUAGACCUCAGUUCGUCGGCUACAUUGCUACUUCUAGGCAGAUUUCUAUCAGGACUCGCGUGUGGAGUAUGUUUUGUCCUAGCCCCUGUGUUUAUAUCCGAAAUCGCUGAUCAAUCGAUUCGGGGAUUGCUCGCCGCCGCACCUACCGCAUUCUACUGUUUCGGCGUGUUAAUGUCAUUCGUGAUGGGCUGGACGCUGACUUUCAAGUACAUAAUUUGGACAAAUAUAUUCUUGUGUGUGCUUUAUGCUGCUUUAAUAUUAUCAGUGAGAGAGAGCCCCGUGUUUUUACUGAUGAAAAAGAAUGAAGAGGAAGCAAGGAAGUCUAUAGCAUAUUACAAAGGAUUGCCCGUGGAUUCAAAACCGGUGUUGGCAGAAUUGUCGAGACUAAAACAACAAUUGAUGCCAGCGUUUGAGCUUCUGACUGUAACAGCGGAUGGGAAAAUAGAUGAAGCAGAGAAGGAAAAGCUCAAUCCAGACCACGCUGAUGUCAGCAUAGGGAAAAUGCCGCCCUUCAAGAUGUUGUUAUUUUCUUCGACAUCAAGACGUGCGUUUACCAUUGUGGCAAUCACAAUUUCAUUCCAAGUUAUGAUGGGUAUGGUGGCAGUCCAAGUGUACGCUGCGGAAAUCUUUCACCGUGCAGCUCCAAGUCUCUCUUCGGACAUGUGCUCUGUCCUGUUCGCUCUUGUACUCUUGUCCGGUUGCCUCUCUUGCGCAUUCUUUUCCGAUAAAUUUGGAAGGAAGCCCCUCAUCAUUGGAUCUUCCGUUGGUGUCACGCUGUGCCUCCUUAGCAUGGCCUUCUUGAUGCAGACCAACAUUGGACCAGCUUGGGUGAUCGCUGUAUUGAUCCUGAUCUUCUGUUUCUCAUUCAUGUUUGGAGCUGGAUCAGUGCCUUAUGUUCUGUUAGCGGAGGUCUUUUUACCAGAGGUACAAAACCUCGCAUCAAUGCUCCUAUUGGAACUUGUCUGGCUUCUCAACUUCGGCCUCGUUGGAGUUUUCCCCUUCAUGAUCAAGUUCUUAGGCAUCCACGGGUCCUUCUACUUCUUUGCCGUAUUUGGAGUAUUAGACAUCCUGGCUGGAAUCUUUUUGGUCCCGGAGACAAAAGGACUAUCGCGAGAACAAAUACAGGAGGCUUUGCAGGGGAGAAGAAAAACGUAAUUAAUUAUUCGCCCUAGUUGGGAUUGUGAUUUUUCAAGUUAGAAUUUUAUGUUAAAGGAAUAUACUUCAGAACUAUUACGAGUCAACACAUUAUCACAUCAAAUACAGUAUAACUUCUAUAUCUUAGGAAGUCUUCUGCGCUUGACUAGACAUUUUCUUUUGCGAACUCUUGAACUGUGGAAUCGACUCCCGUACCGUAACUUUCGCCCCGAUUUGCUGAAGGACUUUAUCAUCCGUCACUCUCUGAAUCCAGCUGAUGCGAAGCAUGCGUCAGUAACACACAUCUCAAAAGCUUCCAGGCAUCUUUUUGUGCCUUCUUUAAUUUUUUACGGGUCAGAUUGACUGUAUCCCUCAGUUUGAUAAUCAUUGAAUUCUUCUCCUUAUGAAACAAUGAUUUCGAGCACGUCUUAUACGUCAAAAUCCUUUGGUGAUGUUUGACUGGAACUAAUUCUAUGGUUUUUGAUUAAUGUAUUAAUUAAGUUAAGUAAACUCAUUUAUCCAAAAUGUAUGACAAUUUAGGUAAACAUAAAUGUUACAAUAAUAACUAAAAUAUUUAAGAUUUUUUAAUUGUACGAGUACAUUUGUAGAGAAUAAAGAGACAGACAUUCUAGACAAUGAUUUUAAAUUGGUGUUAAUUUUAAUUUACGAAUAUAUUUAUUAAUACAAAUAGAAUCAUUUUUCCAUGAUGAAAUAGUAUGUUUUAAUAUUUUGACGGUCAUGUGUACGUUUAAGAAUUUAACACCCUUUAUCUAGAUUAAAACAUGAUUAGUUGACAACAAACAAUAAUAUCUUAAGGGUACAACUAAAAUAAUAAUUUGUCUUUUUAUAUAAAUUGUGUAUACAAUGUAAUGGAUUACGGAGUUAGAUUUUAUACGUAAAAUGGUGAUAAAAUUAUUUUAUAUAAAUCUUUACAGUAGAAACCAAAAUUAUUUAUAUCGUACUUUUAAGUAAGCGAAAUGAAUAGUAUUUUUAGCUAUAAUUAUGUGCCUUAUAUUUAAGAAUAACGCUUCGUAUUUUUGAUCCCCUAUUGUUAGGGGAUUUAAAUGGAAUGAAAAAAUUACGUCUUCAUUUAUAUGCAAUUAGGAGUAUUCCAAAACAUCUAUAGUUUUAGUAUUAGCUCAAUUUUAAGAACAUAUCCAGUACUAUAACAAAUUGUGUUUACGCUGUGAUACAACGCGACAGGAAUUAUUUUUAAAUGUAAAUAUUAUGAUACUUUUUCAGUAUACAUGUCCCAUUAAAUUACAAUGUCAAUCCUUAAGCGGGCAACGCACUGGCGAGUGGCGAGCCCUGUGGCAUUAAAAGUGUCCUUGGGCGGCGAUAUGAUUUAACUACAUAUUAGUCUUCAAUCCGUUUGCCCUGUGUUUUAUAAAAAAAUAGAUGUUUAUUAAUUCUCACAGCGAACAAUACGUAAACAUAAAUAUAUAAGAUAAUAGAUUAUUAACGAUUGAUUUGUACGGAAAUUAAUACAAACAAAAUUCUCUUAAUUGACGUUUACUGCCAGUUCUUAACGGCGUAUAACGGCACGGGAAGAACUGGCAAUAAGUCACUUAUUGUGUUUCUGAUACAGUUUAUUGCUUUAUUGAAGCAAUUGAUAAAAUGCUUUUAUUACAUAGUUAGUUGAUAAGACUUUUAACAUUAAAUUUUGCAUAUAUGUUCGACUAAUACAAAAGAAUCGC